AUGGAUCUUAGCAGCAAAACGGUUGUGCAGGUGGUGAUGUUGGCGUUGAUAGCUCAGGUCACUUUAUCUCAGCAUUGGUCAUAUGGGUGGCUACCUGGAGGAAAGAGAAGUGUUGCAGAGCUGGAGGCCACCAUCAGGAUGAUGGACACAGGUGGUGCAAUGGCUCUUCCUGAGGAGACAGGUGCCCAUGUCCCAGAGAGACUGAGAGCAUAUGAUGUAAUGUCGAAGAAACGGAUGCCACAUAAAUAA